UCUUACUCUUCUUACUCUUCUUACUCUUCUUGCUCCAUAUCCAUCUUCAGUCUAUCCUAAUAUCUCACUACUCAUCGUCAACCUUUGACACAUAGGCAUCUUACUAUACGAUGCGGUUUCUCAGUGUUCCGGUCUCUGACGUCGUUGCUGGUGUCCUACCAGUUGUAAGUAACGUCGCGACUGCGGCGACCAUGGCCACCGGGUGGGUGGCUGCGAAUCCAGUGCCAGCUGCCGCCAUUGCGAGUACAACAGCAGUGAUGAUUUUUCCUGCAAUCGUUUCGCCAAUUCUUUCGGCAAUUGGCUUUACUCCCCAAGGGGUUGCAGCCAGAUCCGUCGCGGCAGGGAUACAAAGCAGCACUGGCAACGUUGCUGCUGGAAGCAUUUUCGCCGCAGCCCAGAGUGCUGCAGCUGGAGGAGGUGGCAUUGCAGUUAUAAAUUGGAUUGUGCAGGGUGUGGUUGCGGGGGUUGCAGGAAUUGCAUCUGGUGUUGCCUGGUUGACAAGGUAGAGCAGCGAGGCUCCUCCAGAAAACCAGACGGACUACAAAUGCGAGAAUUGUGUUUAUCUGGUGUGCUUUGUUAUGCCCUUGCAAGCAUCACAUCUUGGGUGGUUCACUGAAGGCCGAAUAGGGAUAAAUGAGCAGGAGUCUAAGAAGCAUUCACUGGGUAAGAAUAAUGAAAUCCAUUCACUGCUGCAGUAUCGUAGCGGUCUUU